CGAUCUAGACAUCAGCCGUUCCCUGAUCCGACGGCUCGUAUUUACUCAAUCCACUAGACGCGUCCAACUCUUCGACUACGUCUCCUCGCCUCGAUACACUGCAGCAUAUUUCCCUCUCAUCAUCAUUCACUUCGCUCUCUCUCAAACACUGCCUCUCGGGCCUCGACUCUUGACAAUCCGCCAUUUCUGCCUCCCGCCUUAAAACCUCUGCUCUCUCUAUCUUCUAUUUAUAUAUCUAUACAUUCUCUCGCAGUAUCUCUGUUUCUUGUCUUCCAUUUGCUCGGUUAAUCUAGGGUUUGUUCAUUUUGAGUGGAUUUUUUGGUCUGAUCUCUAUGUUGCUCGAUGCUUUGUGAGAGAGUCGUCACAGUCGUAGGCGAUCGUCGAUUAUCUUCGAAUAACAGAUGGUUCCUGUGUACCUGAUGGAGGGAGGUUAAGGUUCUGGCGUUUGAGAGAUGGAAAGUUCUUGGCAGGUGAAAUGUACGUCGCCAUGGCAGUCUCUGACGCCGGUGGCUUCUUCAUCUCAGCUUCAGACUCAGGAGCUGAUGAAUCAGAUGUGGAAUCCUGGUCAUUGUCUUUAUCCACAUAUAACCCAGGAACCAAACACCACCGCCCGUGCUGUGAUUCAAGAAGCCAUUGAUCCCAAGUUGUCCAAUUUUUGUCACAGUGGCCUGCACCAGGCUGACCCAGGAAAUUCAUUUUUGUCACUCCUUUCUGGAUCAUCAUCAUUGCUGCAAUCCAAUCUGCAACAAUUUUCAAGUCCAAAGCCAUUUGUUACAUCUGGUAAAAUUACUACUAGUGGUCAGAGUUUCAUGGUUGGUGCUGCUGGAAGUGUAGUUUCACAUGCUCCUUCUGGGAUAUUUUCCCAAAAUCUCAGUUUUCAAAACCCAAAAAUUGGGGGGAAUUGUUGUCAAGCUGUAAGUGGUUCUAGUUUGCUGGAUGUUCUUCAGGCUGCAGACCUGAAUCAUCAGAGUUUGGCACCUGCUAAGGCUAUCUUUCUCUCUGGCUCUGGCAGUGAGAAAAUUAGAGAUGUUUCCUCUCUAACUGCGGGAUGGACUUUGAGCACACACCCUUCUAAUGCUGGGAAAAUGGAUUGCACAAGCACUCAGACAUCACAAAAAACUUCAUUAGAUAGUAGCUCCAUUUCUUGGGAAUCAUGGAAUCCUACAACUGUUUGCCCUCGGGUAUUCUGUUUAGGUGCAAGUGGGACUUUACUUUUUAGCAAUACAGGACUUCUUGGUGUUAUUUGCUCUUGCCAUGGUUUGCAUAUGUCUAUUGCUAGAUUUGCUGAGCAUUCAGGUUUUCAUGAUGUUAAUCCUGGGGAUGCUGUUCACAUGGACAGUGGUGAGACAAUAGUUCAAUGGCGAAGGCUUUACUUCCAUAAGUUUGGGAUUAGGGUUCCAGAAGAAAACAAUGGCUGGGACUGGCCUGAAGGCCGUGCAACAACUUCUGGUAUGGUGAAAUGCAGUGUGCUGGCAACCAAUACGUCCAAGAAUUCUGACCUGUCUAAUCUGGCUGCUUCAACUGGAGGCUUAGCCGCAUUUUGGCAGUCUUUGAACAAUGGUGCAUUUCCUCAGAACCAAAAUACCCGUCAGAAAUUGGUUGAUGAACUUUCAUUUGAUGGAAAACAAAGGAAUGCUCAGGAAAACUGCAACUUCCUUCACAGGGGCUUGAUUGGUGCUUCACAAAACUAUAUGUCUGUUGUUUCAGAUAAUCUGAUUCCUGCCUUCUCUGUCUCUGGGUCAUCAACAGUGUCAAAAUUCAUUAGCACAAGGGACACAGAUAAUGGUUGUCAGUCCAAUUCCACUUAUACUGAUUCAAUCUCUCAGACUGGGCAGUCAUUCAUGUCCCACCAUUUGCAGAACUCAAAAACCAUUGGUAAUAAUUCUGAUGUGAGCUUAUUUUACGGUAUAAAGGAGGGCGGUGUGGUGGACAGAGAUGCAGUCUCUUCAAGUAUUGAGCUGAGGCUUGGGCAACCAUCUCCUCAAAGUCAGACUUUGGGAAACUCUGUUUUUCCAGCCUCGCGAUCUCCUCUUCUUGAUCCACGUGGUGACCCCCAGAGAUCUUUUUUGCCACAGCAGUUGAUUCAUAACUGCAAUUCCAACAUGGUGGAGGAACACAGUCAAUAUCUUCAGCAUACUGCUGGCUCAUCUAAUUUUAGUGCAAGAAGAGGACAAAGCACAUUGAACUUUGUGAACCAUGCACCUGGAGUCAAUACUGCAAGAGAUUCUUUUACAAUAGAGCAGUUGACACCUGAUGCAGACAGAAGUGUGGGAAAUUCAGUGCUACUCUCUCAAUUUAAAACUCCUGUGGACCAGAGGAUGCACUCUAAAGCUGCUACUGGUGGUACUCGUGGCAUCCAUGUUAUGCCUAGGAAACCACAUCAUGAAUCUCGUAUAGCCAAAUAUGACCUAACUAAUAUUCCGUAUAGUAGAAAUGAUGCAUCAGAAACUGAGCUAAGCAUUAUUAAGUUGGAUCUUCAAAAGCACAGGGGUGAGGGAAAAGGGGUGGCAUUUAUUGCUGAUGGUCUGUGUGUUCCAAGUGAACCAAACUUUGAAUUUCGGACAAAGCAUGUUGACAGUUCAACCAAUUGUAAUAGAGUUGGCAGAACUGGUCAAAGUAGUUGUUCUAUGGCACAUGGUAAGAGUUCACAUCCUUGCCAGUUCUCUGGAUUGCAUCCUGAAGCAUCUGAUGGGAUCAAUGCCAUCAACCAUUCAGGGAAAAUUCCUGGCAUUGGGUUCCAUCAACAGUUGGAUCAUGUUUUCCUUAGAUCCACGAGUUUUCCAAUGGACUCUGGACCAACGCUACCUCGGCAACCAUUAUCAGUUGGAAAUUCUGGAAUGACAAGCUUUGGGUCAAUUGCGUCUUCAGCUUUUUCAAACAAAGAAGCCACUUGCACAAACCCUUUGCUGGAUGAUAAUUUGAGAAUGCUUGCAUUUGGGCAUAUCCUAUCUAAUCAAGGGCAUUCCAAUGCUUCCCCUGUAAAAAACCAAGAUCAAGGGAGACUCCACACCUCUUGCAGUGAAAAAAUGCUGGAUUCAAUCUUUGAUGCAUCAUCAUCAAAAGAACGACAGAAUGGGCUUCCAGUCAAUAGAGAGGAUGCUUCAGGAGUUGCAAUCAAAUCCUUCCAAUCUGGUUUUACUCAUUGGGUUGGUGGUGAUGCUGAAAGUCUAGCACCUGUAGCUGGUUUAAGUAAAUGUUGCAGUUUCUCAACUUUCUCACCAGGGACAUCAUUGCAUGGUAAAAACAUUGAAAUGCAGUGCCAAUUGACUUGUGAUCUUCAUCAACAUGUGCAGCCCAUGGGAUCUUCAACGACUGAAAAUGACAUUGCUACUUCAAACGAACAUGGAAAAUGUUGUCAAAGAACACAAUGUGCAUAUUUACCAGGACAAUGUGGCUGCAAUGUCCAGGCAAAUUGUCUUGGAGGAAAUUCUAAUUCCGACUGUGAAACCUUUCCCAUUGGCUCUAAAGAACAGACUGCAACUCUCUGUGGAAUGGCCUCUGCAUUGCUUUCUCCAAACUUCAAAGAAGACUCUUCUUUUUCAAAGGAGAAAGCUGUUUCCUUUUAUAGAAGUGGACAUCUAGGAAAAAAUGUGAAGCCAACAACUGACUGUCAUACUUUCCAGUGGCGAGAUGUGCCAAGCAAGGUGACAGGUAUCCACAAUUUGACGUGCAAAGAUCAGCCGAUUGAUUUAUUGGAUAGAAGGGAAAAUCUCCAGGGGAAAGAUUCUGCUGCUGCCAAAUGCUUUGAUAGAUCUGCUCAAGGUGCUGAGUCUUUAAAAGAGCAAGAAGUGUCUAAUAUUUCUUCUGGGUGUUCUGCCCCAGCUGUUACCCAGGCAUCAGUGGAGAUAAAUAAUGUUGAUGCUGUAGAUGAAUAUAAACAGAAUAUUGUAGUGGAUGAAGGAUCAGGCAUUGAUAAAUGCUGGUCAUCUGAUGAUCCACCUGAGAGUGAAAGGAGUUCUGAAGUCUUUGAUUUUGUUGGUAAAAUCAACUCAACAAAUGAAGGAUCUUCCAAGCCAUUACCUAAUCAAUCAUCUCGUACACUUAUUGAAGAACUUAGGUUCAGAGACUCGUUAUUAGUGAAGCAUGCCCGUAAUCAAGUGAGUUCUGGUCUUCAGAAGAACAACCUUACAGAGUCAUGUGAGAGGGUCUUUCAAUCUACAAAGAGAAAACGACCAACAAAAUGGAAGAACCUAGAUGAAUCAUUUGCAGUCUCUGGGUUUUCCCCAGCAUGUAAAGUUUUAAGAAAAUGUACUUGUACUGCUCCGCACUGCAGUUCAGCAAAACAGAUGUGGCUUCAACCUGAUGAAAGAAGAUCUUGGAAUUGUGCUUGUUCUGUUAAAGCUAGUUUCAGACAGAGGUCAGUUCUGUGCUUAACAAAAGCUGUAUCUCAUAAAAGAGGUUUGCGUAGACUUUAUUGUGACAGGGAAAGAGAAAGUAGUCAAAUCCAGUUAAAUGUUGAUGUUGAUUGUCUUCAAAUCCCUGAAACCUCCAGUAGAAAAAGGUUGAAACUAGAUCAGUGUGCUUCAACCAUUAAGCAGUUCCGAGUGCAAGAACCAAAUUGCCUAGAUUCGGGAAAUGUUGCAGUGUCUUAUUUAGCUGAUUGCAUGUUUAGGUCUUCAACUGAGCAGGUGGAUAUAUGCAACAGGAAGGUAAGGCCUGUAGUAUGUGGAAAAUAUGGUGUUAUAUCUAAUGGUAAUUCUUUAAGACCCACUAAAAUUCUUCCUCUUAGAAAAAUCCUUAAAGCAUCAGGGAGAUGUAAAUUUGUUCAGAAUGGCCAAUCCAAAUUAAGCUCUGCACGAAAGUCAGAGAAGAGAAGUAUGAGAGGAAGCAAUACAUCUGUUAACAAAUUCUCUAAUCUCAAGGAGAAAGGUAGUCUUGAGGACACAGAAUGCAAGGAAUUCAAUCCCGAAAGUUCUAUAAAGGGAACAGACUCUGUGUGCUUCCCUGGGGGUAAAGAGCAUGAUGAUGUACCUUGUACAUUGGAGAAGGGAACAGAUAAUAGAAAUCAGAAUGAUCACAGAACAGUUGAACAUUGUCUUAGCACUCGAUUGAAGCCAAAAUGUAAAGAAGUUCGCAAGCGAAGCCUUUAUGAGCUGUCAACUAGAGGAAUAGGUUCUAGCUGUUUGGAUGUUUCUGCUACUAAGGGUUCAAGAUGUACAUCGCAAACAAAUUGCAGAUAUCUGGAAAAGCUCCUGAAGGACACUGAAGCUGGAAAAUAUCAUGCGGGUGAAGCAUAUGGUCUGAAAUCCAAUGAAGGGCACCAGUGCCAAUCUUCUAUUUCAGAUUUGGAUGCUUUCUGCUGUGUUUGUGGGAGUUCAAACAAAGAUGAAAUUAACUGCUUAUUGGAAUGCAGCCGAUGCUUAAUCAGGGUGCACCAAGCUUGCUAUGGUGUUUCAAAAGUACCCAGGGGUCAUUGGUACUGUAGGCCAUGCCGGGCCAGUUGCAAAGAUAUUGUGUGUGUUCUCUGUGGUUAUGGAGCUGGGGCCAUGACAAGGGCUCUGCGGAGUCAUAACAUAGUAAAAAGCCUUUUGAAAGCUUGGAAUAUUUCUACAGACUCUGGGCCUAAGGACACUGUUUCUGCCUCUGAAGAUUUGGGGGUUAGGUUUAGAAUGUUGAGUUCCUCAACAUCUGGAUUUGAGAAUGAUUUAUUUCCUGUCAUCAGAUCUGUACCUAUGCAGUCAUCUGCUCCAGUGUGGAAAGUGGAUCUGCUGAAAGGAUUUGAGUCCGUAAAGGUCCAGAACAGCAUAACAGCUGGAGUCCUUGAUUCAACAGUUAAGCAGUGGGUUCAUAUGGUUUGUGGACUCUGGACACCAGGCACACGCUGCCCAAAUGUUGACACCAUGAGUGCUUUUGAUGUAUCUGGUGCUUCUCGUCCUAAAGGAAAUGUGGUUUGCUCACUGUGUAAUAGACCAGGUGGUUCUUGCAUACAGUGCCGGGUUGGUGAUUGUUCUGUGCGUUUUCAUCCCUGGUGUGCUCACCAGAAGGGUCUGCUGCAAAGUGAGGUUGAGGGAAUUGACAAUGAGAGUGUUGGCUUCUAUGGGAGAUGUAAGCUUCAUGUGACAUACCCCCAGUGUGAUUCAGGAGAUCCUGUUGGUGCUGAAAGCAGUCAUCCUGGAGAAAAAGAAUAUAGCUGUGCAAGAACAGAGGGUUACAAAGGUCGUAAACGAGAAGGCUAUCAUCAGAAUCCACCCUCUCAAUCUAGCAGUAGAGGUGGAUGUGUUGUUCCACAAGAGCAACUAAAUGCAUGGCUUCACAUUAAUAGACAGAAAUCAUGUACAGAUGGGCUUCCAAAGCUAAAAAUUUCAGAUGUGGAGUAUGAUUGCCGGAAAGAAUACAUUCGGUAUAAGCAGUCAAAAGGUUGGGAAAAUUUGGUAGUGUACAAGUCAGGGAUACACGCACUUGGUCUGUAUACAUCCCAGUUCAUUCCCCGUGCUGCAAUGGUUGUUGAGUAUGUUGGUGAAAUUGUGGGGGUCCGUGUGGCUGAUAAAAGAGAAAAUGAGUACCAGUCUGGAAGAAAGCUUCAGUACAAGAGUGCUUGCUAUUUCUUUAGGAUAGAUAAAGAGCAUAUCAUUGAUGCCACUCGAAAGGGUGGCAUUGCUCGAUUUGUCAACCACUCAUGCCUGCCAAACUGCGUGGCCAAAGUAAUUUCUGUAAGGAAUGAAAAGAAGGUUGUCUUUUUUGCGGAGAGGGACAUAUACCCUGGGGAGGAGAUAACCUAUGACUACCAUUUUAACCAUGAAGAUGAAGGGAAAAAGAUUCCAUGCUUUUGUAAUUCAAAGAAUUGCAGGCGCUAUCUGAACUAGGCAGUGUAUCCACACUCUUUCUAUCUGAAUUCUUAUUCUAUUGGGCAGUGUAUGUAUUAUAUGGAUGAAGAAAAACUAUUAUCUUGAGAAACAGCAUCAAUUGUAUAUUUGGGUUUCAAUGUGUUGCCUCUUGGGUUUUACGGAAUAUAUUAAUAAUUACAGGUUAGGUUAAAGCAAAUAUUUAGGAAAGAUUUGAAUUGAUGGGAU